AUGUCUUUGUCUCAUACUUCUGCUUUUUCUGCACCACCGUCAGCACUUCUUCUUCUUCUUCUUCUUCUUCUCCGCCACCAAAUGCUCAUCUCCCUCCUCCUUUUUCUUCAGCUCAAACUACUGCAAUUCUUCUCCCCAUCCUCCUUCUUCUUAAACUGCUUAAUAUUUCCUCCUCCCACUCCACCAACACCUUCUUCUUCUUCUUCUUCUUCUUCUUCUUCUUCUUCUUCUUCUUCUUCUUCUUCUUCUCCGCCCACCAAAUGCUCAUCUCCCUCCUCCUUUUCUUCAGCUCAAACUACUGCAAUUCUUCUCCCCAUCCUCCUUCUUCUUAAACUGCUUAAUAUUUCCUCCUCCCACUCCACCAACACCUUCUUCUUCUUCUUCUUCUUCUUCUUCUUCUUCUUCUUCUUCUUCUCUAACACCUGCUUCUCUUACUCCUAUUAUUUCUUCUGCUCAGACUUCUGCAUUUCUCCCCUUCAUCCUUCUUCUUCUUCUUAUCCUACCUGA